GAAUGGUUUAGUUUUCUGAAAAAUCUAUUUGAAUCACGGAUACCUGAACAAUGUGUAUGAUAGGAUACACGUUAACGUCCCAAGUACUGCUACAUACUUCCAUAAUUUUAAAAAAAAUGGUACCAGUUACUUCAGAUGAGUCCCGUCACAUACCAUCGUGCUUGUGAGAAUCUCCCCUUUCCAUAGUGGAGUCAUAUUCGUUUGUAGUCCAAACCAUUCAGACGCUACAGACAGAAGUUGGCACAUCGGCGGUACUGACUUCAGACGAGUCUCAUAACACUUGUGGGGGUCGUAGAGCAAAACGAAGAACAUCUUUCUGUAGGCCAAACCGUUCGGACGCUACAGCCGUGUUCGUGAGAAGACCGGUUUUCGCGAUGCCUCAUGGUCUGACGAACAUCGCUGUAUCUCGGCCACCUUCCUCCACCGCAGAUGCAGAAGUCCGAUAUCCGCGGAUUUGGUAGAUUGAGAAGCAGUGGAAAACAGAAAGGAAAACGCGGCACACACUUCCAGCAAUUUGGCUACAACUCCAAUGCCCGCGGAAAGUGCCUGGAUGUGACACCCUCUUCAUUGAGUUGAAUUGAGUUCAGGAUAAACAACAGAGGAAAAGUACCUCAAAAUUAUGACUUCAGCUCCUGAUAAACCAGAUUGUGGGCCGAUGGUGGUUACUUUUGGAUUCUUGACGUUUGUCAUUGGAAUCGCUGUUGGAGUGAAAAUGAAGGUGGCCACAGACCGGUUCGUUCAACAACAUCUAUGGAAGGUUUAUGUCUUUGUCCCUGUGUUAUUUUUGCUUCUAUCAUGGUGCUUCUGAACUUGAACAAAACAGGAAGUAUAGAGGGAUACUGAAGCCUGACUCCUACAAUUAGCAAACACUUCUCAGUCAGUCACACACAACUAUUAAAUGAAUGACUGAUUUGUACCUUGUUAUGUACAUUUGUUAUUACAUAGCAAUAAAAUACUUUUCCAAAAAUGCCUGUGUCCAUUGUUGAUGAAAGGGGCGGCAGACAUCCUAGCUGUUGAGAUUGUUGGGCCAGUAACUGAAAGGGCCCUGGCGGCAGACAUCCUAGCUGUUGAGAUUGUUGGGCCAGUAACUGAAAGGGCCCUGGCGGCAGACAUCCUAGCUGUUGAGAUUGUUGGGCCAGUAACUGAAAGGGCCCUGGCGGCAGACAUCCUAGCUGUUGAGAUUGUUGGGCCAGUAACUGAAAGGGCCCUGGCGGCAGACAUCCUAGCUGUUGAGAUUGUUGGGCCAGUAACUGAAAGGGCCCUGGCGGCAGACAUCCUAGCUGUUGAGAUUGUUGGGCCAGUAACUGAAAGGGCCCUGGCGGCAGACAUCCUAGCUGUUGAGAUUGUUGGGCCAGUAACUGAAAGGGCCCUGGCGGCAGACAUCCUAGCUGUUGAGAUUGUUGGGCCAGUAACUGAAAGGGCCCUGGCGGCAGACAUCCUAGCUGUUGAGAUUGUUGGGCCAGUAACUGAAAGGGCCCUGGCGGCAGACAUCCUAGCUGUUGAGAUUGUUGGGCCAGUAACUGAAAGGGCCCUGGCGGCAGACAUCCUAGCUGUUGAGAUUGUUGGGCCAGUAACUGAAAGGGCCCUGGCGGCAGACAUCCUAGCUGUUGAGAUUGUUGGGCCAGUAACUGAAAGGGCCCUGGCGGCAGACAUCCUAGCUGUUGAGAUUGUUGGGCCAGUAACUGAAAGGGCCCUGGCGGCAGACAUCCUAGCUGUUGAGAUUGUUGGGCCAGUAACUGAAAGGGCCCUGGCGGCAGACAUCCUAGCUGUUGAGAUUGUUGGGCCAGUAACUGAAAGGGCCCUGGCGGCAGACAUCCUAGCUGUUGAGAUUGUUGGGCCAGUAACUGAAAGGGCCCUGGCGGCAGACAUCCUAGCUGUUGAGAUUGUUGGGCCAGUAACUGAAAGGGCCCUGGCGGCAGACAUCCUAGCUGUUGAGAUUGUUGGGCCAGUAACUGAAAGGGCCCUGGCGGCAGACAUCCUAGCUGUUGAGAUUGUUGGGCCAGUAACUGAAAGGGCCCUGGCGGCAGACAUCCUAGCUGUUGAGAUUGUUGGGCCAGUAACUGAAAGGGCCCUGGCGGCAGACAUCCUAGCUGUUGAGAUUGUUGGGCCAGUAACUGAAAGGGCCCUGGCGGCAGACAUCCUAGCUGUUGAGAUUGUUGGGCCAGUAACUGAAAGGGCCCUGGCGGCAGACAUCCUAGCUGUUGAGAUUGUUGGGCCAGUAACUGAAAGGGCCCUGGCGGCAGACAUCCUAGCUGUUGAGAUUGUUGGGCCAGUAACUGAAAGGGCCCUGGCGGCAGACAUCCUAGCUGUUGAGAUUGUUGGGCCAGUAACUGAAAGGGCCCUGCGGCAGACAUCCUAGCUGUUGAGAUUGUUGGGCCAGUAACUGAAAGGGCCCUGGUUUGAAUCCCCAACCCGACUAGGUGAAAAAUCUGCCGAUGUGCCCUUGAGUAAGGCACCUAAUUCCUCCUGCAAGUCCCUCUGGAAAAGAACAUCUGCUAAAUGACUGAACUGUAAACAACAUUUGGAUAAAAGUGAUUCAUAGUAGGCUAGAUGUGUUUGUCUAAGAUUGUAUUUAUCAUCCUAUUUUAAUGUGACCAAGAUCCCUUUCCAUCUCUGGCCAUCUCUGUGUGUGCUCGUACUUUGUCAAUGUUUGUGAAUUGUCAUUGUGAGUGUCUUUAUAGAUCAGUUGAACAUCGAUUUACUAUGAUGUUUUUGUAACCAAUUGCAUGUGUCUCUUCAACUCAUUUGUUUUUCCUCAUCAACCUGUCAGUAUCUUCUGGGCUGAUUAAACCAAAUAGUAAAUCAAAUUUUAA